AUGGGACUGCGGUCCAGGAGCGCCGCUAGCGGCCCGGACCAGCGCAAGACGGAACCCCCGGAGCAGUGCGGCGAGGGGGGUGACAGGGAUGAGGACUGCAAACGGGGGUCCCGGCAAGGCACGGCCUUCGGGUUGCUGGCCAAGACCCCUCUCAACUACAGCCGGCCCGCCAAGAGGAAUAACGCCCGGCGGAGAAGGAUUCAGAACCUGGUCUACGAUGCACUGGAGAGACCCCGAGGGUGGGCGCUGCUCUACCACGCCUUUGUGUUUCUGAUUGUCCUGGGAUGUUUAAUAUUGGCAGUGUUGACCACCUUCAAGGAGCACGAGAAGACGUCAGCUCAUUGGCUGGUGGUUUUGGAAACUUUUGCCAUUUUCAUCUUCGGGGCCGAGUUUGCCUUGCGCAUUUGGGCCGCGGGAUGCUGCUGUCGAUACAAAGGAUGGCGAGGGAGGCUCAAGUUUGCUCGCAAACCGCUUUGCAUGCUGGACAUUUUUGUUCUGAUCGCGUCGGUGCCGGUGGUGGCGGUCCGCAACCAAGGCAAUGUGCUGGCCACGUCCCUGCGCAGCCUGCGCUUCCUGCAGAUUCUGCGCAUGUUGCGCAUGGACCGGCGAGGAGGAACCUGGAAGCUCCUGGGCUCCGCCAUCUACGCACACAGCAAGGAGCUGAUCACGGCCUGGUACAUAGGCUUCCUGUCGCUGAUCCUGGCGUCCUUCCUGGUCUACCUGGUGGAAAAGGACGACGUCACAGCAGACACGUCCGACCGGGACCACCUCGGCGCUCAGCCCAACGCUCAGGACUUUGACACUUACGCUGACGCGCUGUGGUGGGGGCUGAUCACGCUAACUACUAUCGGCUAUGGUGACAAGACGCCAAAGACGUGGGCGGGGAGACUUCUGGCCGGAACCUUUGCACUGAUUGGCGUCUCCUUCUUCGCUCUGCCCGCAGGUAUCCUGGGUUCGGGUCUGGCUCUGAAGGUUCAAGAGCAGCACCGCCAGAAACACUUUGAGAAGAGGCGCCAUCCGGCCGCCGGCCUUAUACAGUCGGCGUGGCGCUAUUAUUCCACCAAUCCAAUCAGGGAAGACCUCAUCGCCACGUGGAGGUUCUACGAAACCAUCAUCUCACUCCCGUGCUUCAGGAAGGACCAUCUGGAUGUUAUGGCCAGCCAGAAGAUGACGCUGUUGGAGCGCGUGCGCCUUCCGAACGCGCGUCCGACGAUGGCGGCAGCGGUGGUGGCGGCCAGCAAGAAGAUGGCGGCCAACGCCGAAGUGACGGAGGACAGUCCGUCCAAGCCGGCCGGGUUCAGCAACCGCGAGCGCUUUCGCACCGCCUUCCGCAUGCGGGCGGCCACGUUGCGACAAAGCUCUGAAGACGGAGCGACUGUCCCCGAAGCGGUCCCCGAGGAACGCGGCUUCCCGGCCGACAUCCUUCUGGAGGAAACCAUCCCCACGCUGAAGCUGGCCAUCAGGGCCGUGAGGAUCAUGACCUUCCUGCUCAACAAGAAGCGCUUCAAGGAGACGCUGAGGCCUUACGAUGUCAAAGACGUGAUCGAGCAGUACUCUGCCGGACAUCUGGACAUGCUCUGCAGGAUUAAGUACCUCCAGACCAGGAUCGACAUGAUCUUGGCACCAGGAGCCCCCCUCACCCCUAAACAGAAGAAAGCUGUAAAGCCGCCCUUUAAUUGCCCCAGCGGCCAGUCGCCAAGGCUCGAGUCCUUCCUGUCCAAACCCCAGUCGGCGGCCGAAGCCGAGGACCAAAGCAUGAUGGGAAAAUUUGUGCGUGUGGAACGACAGGUGGAAGACAUGGAGAAGAAGUUGGACUUCCUUGUGGACAUGCACAUUCAGCACAGCGAGCACCUACAGGUAGAUUCGACGGGCACCGCCCACAUGACGUCGCAGCUCCGCCUCCUACCAGGAGGCGGUGUCGGAGACACCCGCAGGGUCUUCCUCAACUACGGCGAGGGCCAUCCGCCGACAUCGUACCGACCGCCCGCCGAGGGCCGACCGCACGUGGCGCGCCCCACCGUGCUGCCCAUCAGCUCCCUGCAGGACUUGUCCGGGGGGAGUGGCAGGACCGCGUGGGGGCGCGCGGGGGGCGACUCGCCGCUGUCGCUACUGUCGGUCAACCACGAGGAGCUGGAGCGCUCGCCCAGCGGUUUCAGCUUCUCCGGCGAAGGGGCGGCGGCGGCCGACGGGUGCUCGGCGGCCGCCCGGGACCCUGGCCGGACCCCGUCCGCGCCCGUCUACCUGGCGGAGGGCGAGACGGACACGGACACAGACCCCUUCACUCCCGGUGGCGGGCCGGCGCCCCCGCUAGCGGCGGGGCCUGCCUGGAGUACGCCGCCCUGA